GUAGAUAAGAGAGACCAGGAGAGAGACCACGAGAGAGACCACGAGAGAGACCACGAGAGAGACCAGGAGAGAGACCGGGAGAGAGACCAGGAGAGAGACCGGGAGAGAGACCACGAGAGAGACCAGGAGAGAGACCGGGAGAGAGACCACGAGAGAGACCAGGAGAGAGACCACGAGAGAGACCAGGAGAGAGACCAGGAGAGAGACCACGAGAGAGACCACGAGAGAGACCGGGAGAGAGACCGGGAGAGAGACCGGGAGAGAGACCACGAGAGAGACCACGAGAGA